CGAGCCCCGCGGUGGCUGUCGGGAAGGAGGCGGUGGCCGCGAGCGGGGUACAAGGGGCGCGGGCGGUGGGCAGCGGCCGUGGGUUGGGCUGCGUUGUGUGGUGCGGUGUUGUGCAGCGCAGCGCGCGCGUGGAGCGGGGCGGCGUCGCGUGCGCCAUGAAGGAGACGUGCGGAACUUCUAUGCUGCAGAACCAGCCUCAAAGGCACUAUGGAGUUACCUCUCCAAUUAGCUUGGCUCCUCCUAAGGAUAUAGAUUAUAUUCAUACUCAGAAGCUAGUUGAGGCAAUGAAGCCAUUUGGGGUAUUUGAAGAUGAAGAAGAACUGAAUCACAGGUAUAACAAGACUAAAAUUUGUGAAUCUCUUGUUUCUUGGGACAAAUUUAAUAUGAUUUUUCUUUACAGACUCGUUGUUCUUAGUAAACUGAAUAACUUAGUCAAAGAAUGGAUUUCAGAACUUGGUGAGAGCAAGAAUCUUCCCCCUUCAGUAGUAGCAAAUGUUGGUGGCAAAAUAUUUACAUUUGGUUCUUACAGGCUUGGAGUACACACCAGAGGUGCUGACAUAGAUGCUCUUUGUGUUGCUCCUAGACAUGUGGAAAGAUCGGAUUUCUUUCAGUCAUUCUUUGAAAAACUAAAGCAUCAAGAAGAAAUAAAAAAUCUAAGAGCAGUUGAGGAUGCAUAUGUACCAGUUGUCAAGUUUGAAUUUGAUGGUAUUGAGAUUGAUCUCGUGUUUGCAAGACUGUCUGUACAAACUAUUUCUGAUAAUCUUGAUCUCAGAGAUGACUCGCGUCUGAGAAGUCUGGAUAUAAGAUGUAUACGGAGCUUAAACGGCUGCCGUGUUACUGAUGAAAUACUACAUCUAGUGCCAAAUAAAGAGAACUUUCGGCUCACACUCCGUGCAAUUAAACUGUGGGCAAAGCGACGUGGUAUAUACUCCAACAUGCUGGGAUUUCUUGGUGGGGUUUCCUGGGCGAUGCUAGUAGCAAGAACAUGUCAGCUCUAUCCAAACGCAUUGGCUUCCACUCUUGUUAACAAGUUCUUCUUGGUUUUUUCAAAAUGGGAGUGGCCAAAUCCUGUAUUGCUGAAACAACCUGAAGAGAGUAAUCUUAACUUACCCGUAUGGGACCCUAGGGUGAACCCAUCUGACCGAUAUCAUGUAAUGCCUAUAAUCACACCAGCCUAUCCACAGCAGAACUCUACAUACAAUGUAUCUACGUCAACACGAGCUGUAAUGGUGGAAGAGUUCAAACAUGGUCUUGCAGUUACAAAUGAGAUUCUCCAAGGAAAAUCAGACUGGCCAAAGCUCCUAGAACCACCCAACUUCUUUCAGAAGUACAAACAUUAUAUUGUACUGACUGCUAGUGCAUCUACUGAAGAGCAUCACUUAGAGUGGGUUGGUCUUGUUGAAUCUAAAAUCCGUGUGCUGGUUGGAAAUUUGGAGAGGAAUGAAUUUAUAAAUAUUGCACAUGUAAAUCCACAGUCUUUCCCUGGCAACAAAGAACACUGUAAAUGGAGUGGCUAUGUGUCAAUGUGGUUUCUUGGAAUCAUAUUUAGGAAAGUGGAAAAUGCAGAAAGUGUUAACAUUGAUUUAACAUAUGAUAUACAGUCGUUCACAGAUACAGUUUACAGGCAGGCUAACAACCUCAACAUGCUGAAAGAAGGUAUGAAGAUCGAGGCAGCUCACAUGAAGAGAAAGCAGCUGCACUAUUUUUUGCCUGUAGAAACCUUACAGAAGAGAAAGAAGCAAAGCAUGCCAGAUAUUAGUCACAAUGCUAGUGGACUUCAGUCCAAAAGGGCCUCUUCAGAUGGAAGCUGUUUGGACAGUUCCAGAGACACGGACUCCAGAACACCGUAUAAUUCCCCUUCAUUAACUAGGAUAUCUAAAUUGGACACCGCUGCAGCAGAAAUAGAAAGAAAUGCUGGAAUUCAAAGAGCCAGUGGUGCUAGCGGUAGAGACAAGAUGCUUAAUGUAGCUGUUCCAUCAGUGUCUAAGGGAUUGUCCAUUCCAGUUAUUGGUUCAAAAGUGGAGACUACAGUUACAAUAAGAACAUCAGGACCUCCGUGCAUUGGUUGCACCAUUCCUACAGUAGUAGGACAUAACACAAUUUCUCGGCUUAGAACACAUCUUGCCCAAGGACAACAUGAACUAAAUGGGACUCCAACUACAAAUUCUAUGCAUGCUGCACCUAAACGACCUCACUCGCCUACCUCAGAAGAAUGCCCCAAAAGACCAAAAGACAGAGAAAAGUUAAUUGGCCAGGAUUCAGCAUUCAAAGAUGGUGGUAAUCCAGAAGACGUAAAGAGAAGAUCUGCAGAAAAUGAUGGCCUUGGAGGAAAAUCCAUGCCUAUUCCAAUUAUUGACACAUCAAGGUCACAGGUACUAUCUGUUGUGCCCUUAUGUUCACAGAGGCUUUCCAGUAAAGAGCUACCAGAUUCCUCAUCUCCUGUUCCAACAAAUAACAUUCGUAUUAUUAAAAGAUCCAUCAGACUGACCCUUAACCGGUAACAAAAGUGUCUCUUCAGGUAAAGAUGAUGUGCAUUUGUUCAGUGGUUCAUGAUAUCAGUGUGUCUUGCAGUUACUGUCCAGCAAAGUAUGGAGGGUUACUGUUACCAUAUUGGAAGUUAUUUAAAUAUAAACUAGCUAGUUCAACAUUCUUAUUUGCAUUUUGACCUGCAGAUGCUGUAGGAUACUCCUAUUACUGUGUAGCUUUUCCAAGAUCGCCUACUGACAAGCCACUGUCUACAAAAUCAUGGUGUUUUUUGGUUAUUUUAGUAUUGUUAGCUUAGAUGCUUGCUUCCUUUGGAACUACUUUCUGCAUACCUUCGCAAUAGCUGUCCUUAUUAGUCUCUUAAAAGUCUUAACAGUCACUAGCUGAAAAAGCUUGUGUUGAAAAAGCCACACAAAAUAACCUGUACUGUGACUUGGAUUCAGAAUGCAUGUAAACAGGGUUUAUUAGUCACUGGAACCACAUUCUGGUUUGAAAGUGUGUAUGAACAUGCUUGCAUUUGUUUAUGCUUUUCUAGUUAAUGUAGAUAUACUGUUCUUGUGAUCUUAAAUUAUUUUCCAGUUUGGCACAUGCACUCCUGUGCAUCUAUCACAAUGGUGCUCAGCUUCUACAGGCAGUAGCUUUCCACUGUCUAGCACAGCCAUGCACUACACAAGUGAUAUGUAUUGCCUCCCAUGGAGGCCCGUAAAUAAUCUAAAUAUUGAAGAAAAAGCAACAGAGGAUGCUACCAAGGUACAGAGAUGGUAGAAAUGUCUCAUGCCAUGUUACUUCAUUUUUGUCUUAAGACUGCUCCAAAACAAGACCUGUUUUUUUCUGUUUUCACUGGGUAGCAAAGCUAAACUUGGAACACACAACUGAAGGUAUGCUUAAACAUUAAGACAACUGAGGCUGUCAUGACACUACUACCUACCUGCAAGCUGCAGUCUUGAAAGUGAUUGGCAUGCAGAAAGUGGUAUUGGGGUUUCACUGAAACCCUGGAGGUCAUUCUAAAUGGUUACAUGAAAACUUGUAGUAGUCUUAAGUCAGGUUUUGUAAACAAGCUGAUGAUACUGCUUACCCAGUUAAGUACAUCGGGGUUUUUGGGGGGUGGGGAGAAAUUCUGAUCAUAUGAAAGAAAUGCUGUGCUAUCUUCCUAUUGUAAUUUCUUUAGUUUGUUUUUUGUAAAUGAAGUUGUAUGUUUUUUCCAGAGUAUUUUUGUAUGUACUGUAAAAUACCAUCUUCAAAAGAGAAACUUAAAAUCUGUA